AUGGCAGACAGAACUAUACAGACUCAACUCACCUACACUCCUCUCUACCCAACAACAACCUCAACAACCAACACCAUGUGUGGCUACUACGGAAACUACUAUGGCGGCAGAGGCUAUGGCUGCUGUGGCUAUGGAGGCUAUGGCUAUGGAGGCCUGGGCUGUGGCUAUGGAGGCUAUGGCUAUGGAGGCCUGGGCUGUGGCUAUGGCUGUGGCUACCGUGGACUGGGCUCUGGCUAUGGCUGUGGCUAUGGCUAUGGCUCACGCUCUCUCUAUGGCUAUGGAUCUGGCUAUGGAUCUGGUUUUGGCUACUAUUAAUGAAGACACCAUGGGAGACUCUCAUCUUCUUCAGUGGUGACAUUAAGACUCACCAGUUCUGAAGCCUACAAGCACUGAGCCUCUUCUCUGAAGAUGAUACUGCCAAGAAGUUUAUUAUGGUCUGCUGUGACUUACACAGGGGCCACAUACUCCCUGGAAUUCCCAUAUAAAGGAAGGGAGUGAACUUUGCCUGACCCCUG